UCUGAAUCAAUGGCAACAAACCCAGAAGAACUUCCAUUAGUUCUUAUUCUAAAACCUUUCCCGUCCAUCCCUUCAUUUCAAGAAAAAUUCUCAAACAAAUUCAGAAGUCUCAAAGGAACUGAUCUUUCAGUACCUGUAAGUGAAUUUUUCAGAAAAGAGUGUCAAUCGGUGAAAGCCCUAGUUUGUGGGGCUAAAUUUGCACUCACUAAAGAUAUCCUAAACUGUUUGCCUUCUUUAGGUUGUAUAGUUCUUACUUGUGUUGGACUUGAUAACAUUGAUUUGGAUGAGUGUAGAAAAAGAGGUAUUGUUAUUGGAAAUGCUGGUACCGUUUAUUCAGAAGAUGUUGCUGAUUUUGCUAUUGGUCUUUUAAUUGAUGUUCUUAGAGGAAUUUCUUCUGGUCAUCGAUUCGUUCGUUCUGGGUUAUGGUCUAUCAACACAGAGUUUCCUCUGGGGUCUAAGUUGAGCGGCAAGCGAGUAGGAAUUCUUGGGUUGGGAAGUAUUGGGUCCGAAGUAGCCAAGAGACUUGAGGCGUUUAGCUGUGUUAUUUCAUACACCUCAAGGACUAAGAAGCCGUCAGUUCCGUUCUCAUACUAUCCCAAUGUUAUUGAUCUUGCAUCACAUAACGAUAUUCUCAUCUUAACUUGCAGUCUGAACAAAGAGACCUUUCAUAUUAUUAACAAGGAUGUAAUGUCGGCAUUGGGAAAGAAAGGAAUCAUCAUAAACGUGGGUAGAGGAGCCUUAGUUGACGAGAAGGAAAUGGUACGGUGUUUAGUUCAAGGAGAGAUUGGUGGUGCUGGGUUAGACGUAUUUGAAAAGGAGCCUUACAUUCCGGAAGAACUCCUUGAAAAGGACAACAUUGUAUUGGCUCCACAUGUAGCUGUGGUAACUGUAGAAUCAUAUUCGGCUCUGCAUGAGCUGAUAAUAUCCAAUUUGGAAGCUUUCUUCUCAAACAAACCCUUACUGUCUUUAGUCAAGUAUAACUGAAAAUGGAAGAUCCAUUUUACUCCCAGGUUCCGAUUUUUUUCAUGUUUAAGUUGCAGAACUUAAACUGUGUUUUUGGUUCACUAGACAUAAAAGAAACAACUCAUUGUGCUAAAUCUUGUUUGUAAAUUA